AUGCCAUCAUGGAAGGAGAAGCAUGGAAAGAUUCAGACAACCAAACUCUUGGUUGUCGGUGCUGGUGGAAUCGGAUGUGAGCUUUUGAAAAACUUAGCAGCAACUGGAUUUCAGAAUGUUCAUGUAAUCGAUUUGGACACAAUCGAUAUUUCCAACCUCAAUCGCCAGUUCUUAUUCCGAAAAGAACACGUAUCCAGUUCCAAGGCAGAGAUUGCAACAAAAGUCGUUAAACAAUUUUGCCCAUCGAUCAACCUUGGAUUCGAUCACGCAAGUAUUUUUGAAGAGGAAUUCAAUGUCGAAUUUUUCAAAAAAUUCGAUAUGGUUCUCAAUGCUUUGGAUAACAAAAAAGCCAGAAACCAUGUAAAUCGAAUGUGCCACGCCGCCAACAAACCUCUAAUCGAAUCAGGAUCUUCUGGUUAUUUCGGACAAGUGCAGGUCAUUAUGCGCGGAAAAACAGAGUGUUAUGAAUGCCAAGAGAAACCAGCCUCCCAAAAAACGUUCCCUGGAUGUACAAUCAGAAAUACCCCAAGUGAACAUAUUCACUGUACUGUUUGGGCAAAACACGUUUUCAACCAACUGUUCGGUGAAGUGGAUAUCGAUGACGAUGUUUCUCCGGAUAUGGAAGCAGAAGAUACAGAAAAUCCAAAUGAAACUGGUAACUCACAGGAUGAUGAGGCAGCAGAAGAACCAGCACCAAUAGGAACUCGCAAAUGGGCCGAAAGUGUCAAUUUCGAUGCAGCAAAAGUCUUUGAUAAACUCUUCUUCCAAGAUAUUCAAUAUCUUGUGAAAAUGGAUCACUUGUGGAAACAAAGAAAACCACCAACUCCUCUCUCAUUUGCUGUUGCGACGACUACUGGAGAGUCUCUCUCUUUUGCUGAUGCUCAAAAUAAGGAUACAUCGAUUUGGAGUAUUGCAACAUGUGCCAAUGUGUUUGCUGGAUGUGUUCGUGAGCUUCUUAAAGAAAUCAAAUUAAAUCCGGACGUCACGUUGUCUUUCGAUAAAGAUCACCCGAUUAUUAUGGCAUUUGUUGCCGCAUGUGCAAAUGUUCGUGCUCAUCUUUUUUCAAUUCACACGAAGACAAUGUUCGAAAUUAAGGCAAUGGCUGGAAACAUCAUCCCGGCGAUUGCUUCCACAAACGCAAUUGUUGCUGGAAUGAUCGUGACUGAAGCUGUCAAAAUGAUCGAUGGAAACGCUGACGUCAAGUCUUCAUUCAUCAGAAAUCAGCCAAAUCCAAGAGGAAAGAUCUUCCUAGAAGGUGCUCCCUACCCACCGAACCCGAAAUGCUAUGUUUGCUCCGAAACGCGCGAAGUUUUCAUCUAUGUCAAUCCUGCCGAAAUGACUGUUGGAGCACUCCGUGAUAAGGUUCUAAUGCAGGAGUUGAACAUGCUGCAACCAGACGUCAUGGACACAAACACAGCAAAUGUGGUGUUGAGCUCAGAUGGUGACACCGACAGUCUUCUGCCAAAGAAGUUAUCGGAAAUAUCUAUAGAAGACGGAGCAAUUUUGACUUGCGAUGACUUCAUGCAAGAUAUGGUUCUGAAGCUGUUCAUUCGCAGGGCCAAUCAUCUGAGAGGUGACAAUUUUGAAAUUGCAAGAUCUGACAAGGAAAAGGAUGAGGAGGAAGCCAGGAAGAAAGAACAAGAAAAACAUCGAUUGGAAGAAGCAGAAAACAAGGAGAAAUUGGAAACUGAUCAUAAAAGUGAAGAAGAGGAAAGAAGAAAAAGGAAGGUGGAUGAGAAAGAGUCUUCUGAAGAACCAGACGUCAAACGUACCAAAGUUGAAGAGAAAACUGGUGGAGAAGAGAAUGAGAACAAAAUUCUGGCAAUGGAAUAG